CAUCUACUUCGGCUUCACUCGGCGUAUGAGCGUUAGGACUGUUCUCAUGUGUUUCUGUUGACACAUCGGGUUGUGGGCACGUUUCCAUUGACACACUCUCGUCAAUAAUCUCUUUUUGCUUUUUUCGCCGAGCGAAAAUCAAUGUCUUUCACUUGCGCAAAAGGAACUGUGGAUGGAAACUUGGGAGGAAGCCAUGAACAUGGCAACUCCGUCGGGCGAUGUCUGCCUUUACUCUGUGAUUCAUGUCAAAUAAAACACUGUCUCCAGCACGGCCACCAAACAGGCACUGCUGGUCCUGAAGGAGCUGGAAGCGGCUUCAUCAGACACUCGUCCUGGAGGCGGAGCUGUGACUACGGAUCAUAUAUGAACCCAGACACGGGGCGCUCGAUGUUCCCACAUUGGUGGUAUUUCCACAACAAGUAUAACGCAGAAAUAGUGGUUAAUGUCCCAUGGUCCAUAGCGGAAAUGAAAACUGUUUGACAGGAAUGUGACCAGGCUCUGCUGGUAACUAGGGGUAACGAGCGAAUUAACCACAAAGUGUUGAGCGAGUGAAAUCAGGUAAAAAAGCGUUGCAAAUAUUCAAUUCCAACCGCUGAAAUCUUUCUUUGGUAAUGCAGAAGGACAUGAGGUUGCUGGGCUCUCGCAGAAUCAAACAGCGGACACGAUAGGAGGUCAACUUCUUCUGACAUUUAAUAAGUGGGACCCCAAGAUGGCGCGAUUGAGAUGUUGACGUCACGUGAAUACGCUCUAUAAACAUCACUCUACUACUAAAUGUGUUGUGUCACUGCGCAGUGUUAGCUCUAGUUUGUUCUUCAUGUAACGUCGUUGAGCAACUGGUUUGUGUUGAUUUUAAUUGACGAAGUAAAACGUCUGUAUGCCACGAUAUGCAGAUUCGAGCAUCUGGCUAAUCAGGUUAUUAAGGAAAAUGUCAAAACAAUCCAAAAAGCGAAAGCACUUGGAGUCUUCAUCCUCAAGUGAAGAAGAUACAAAGUCAUCCAAGGAACAAGAAGUUUCUGAGAAUUACAAACGUGUCACGAGGAACCACGCUGAAAAGAAGAGCUCUGCAGCAAAACAAGAAAAGUGUUCAUCCUCUACGGUUAAAGAUCCUUCCCAAAGCACCCGCCACAUUAAAGGUGCUGCCGACCAACUGUUAAAAACACGAGACCCCAAACAAUCGGUUUAUAAACCAGAAGAAUGUUCAAAACCAAAACGUGAACUUUCAGAUAAACAUAAGACUGUCAGGGGUAAGACUUUGAAAAAGAAAACCUCAAAACCCUCAAACAAUGCAGGGGCAGUCGCCCAGAGGACAGAGAAGACACCUAAAGGCGGCUCCGAUACAACAUCUGCCCACAGGCGCAAAUCCAAAUUUAAAAAACUGCGCGUGAGUUUGGAUUCUGCAGAACAGAAAGAACGGACGAGGAAGAGCAGCGCUGGGGAACCACCGAGGACUGAAGGUGAGCGAUGGACGUUGGAGACCAGAGGACCGAGCGCGGCCGCCUCCGUCUCUCAGGAUUCUUCAUCGGAGAAGAAAAUAGAUUUGUUCAGGAAAAUGUGCCAAAGGCAUCGAGACGAGAAGGCCAAGCGGAGCCGGUGUACCGAGGUAACCUCUUCCUCGACCACAGGGACUGCCUCCUCUUCCUCCAAGCAGAAGGUCAGCAGCUCAGACGCUGUGAAGAAUGUGAGAACCAUCCCGGGGACCGUCCCCUCCAUGUCACGCGCGACAGUCAAGUCGUCUGUUCAGGAACAAAUAUGCCGCCGCGAAUCACCUCUUCGGUUUAAGAUACCAAAAAAGUCUCGACCGACAGCGGUCGGUCGCCCCGGUAACGACGAUGCUGCCAGUUCUUCAAACGGGAAUGUUGAACACGGGGCCGAGCCUUCGGGCUCGAGAAGCAACGCCGCGCAGCGACGCGUCCAACCGGCUCCCCGCUGCUCGGGGGCCACACCCGGUUCUUCACCUGAAGGUCAAGAGAGGUCGUGUCCGUCCCACGCGAUCACCGAGCUGCGGAGCGACCAGAUGCAGGUGGUGGAACAGCUCACGCGCUCCGGGAGGCGACUGGAGGUGAACGUUCUGCAGGUCUACGGGGAGCUCACCUGCAUGGACAUCGACCCGCCACGGGAGGGCGCUGCAGACUCACUAUGUAAACAAGCUCCUCGGCAAGACCUCCUCGUUCUGGACACCAACAUUCUGAUCAGUCACCUGGAUUACGUGAAGGAGAUCAAAGCCAAUGGCCUUGGAGCCGUGGGCUUCCCCAUCGUCCUGAUCCCCUGGGUGGUCCUGCAGGAGCUGGACUCCCUGAAAAAGGGGCGGGGCACGGCGGGCUCCGUGGCCCACCUGGCGGCUCCCGCCAUGUCGUACAUCAACGCGUGUCUGAAGAAGCGGGAGCCCGAGCUGUGGGGCCAGUCCAUGCAGCAGGACGUCGCCAGCAGCAACAAUACAACAUCAAAAGGUCAUACAUCAAAAGAAAACAGGCAUGAACCCCAACAACACCCCUCCGUGGGGUUCCUCCCUCCCUCUGUGCUCUCCUUCCUCUCCAGCAACGAUAAGAACCUCUGCAGCAAGGCCCUCCUGAGCGGAGUGAACGCGCUCAGCAAGAACGACCUGGAGGACCGGAGGAGACAGUCCAGACACGGCCUCCAUCCCCCGCAGCACACACACACACUCACACACUCACACACACCAGCCCGGCCACGCAGUCGAGAGGGAACAGGAAGAGGAAGUGGCCUCCCUGUGGAAGGUGACACAGACAGCCAGCAGCUGAGGCCCAGAGACGAUGAAGAGGAGACCCGGUGGGUCCCGAGCCGCCGCGAGCUCGCCGACUGUCUGGUGGAGGUUCUGUCCGACGUGUUGGAGCUGGAGAUGAAGGCCGUCUUCGAAGACCUCUGGCUGGAGAUCGUGUUCCUGAAGCCGCCGUGGACUCUCCACGAUGUCCUGCGGUGCUUGAAGAAGCACUGGAUCGCUGUGUUCGGCCAGGUGGCCCCACGGAGGCAGCUGGACAACGUCUUACACCUCAUCGACUUCUUCAACUCAGGCCAAACGGCGACCUGCGACACGAUGGCGGCCGCCGUCCGGCAAGCGAAGGAGCUCGUCAACGUUUUCAGGGAAAGGUCGCGACUCGUCCCCGGGGCCGUCUCCACGAUGGAGAACAUGGACAACGCGCUGCGGCCGCCGUGUGAAGCUCCAGCCCGCGACGUCGACAUGAACGAUACCGAUGAGGAGGAGCCGCCCCGGCCCCCGGCCCCCCACCAGGAGGUGUGGGCCCUGUUUGAGACCACGUGGGCCCGCCUGUCUCAGAGGAGCUUGGAGGUGUUCAGAGUUCUGGGCUUUGACCACGACGCCACGCAGAGGCCGGUGGGGAGGGGGGGUCCUCCGCCGCCGCAGGACGCCGUGGUCUGCCUGCACGAGCUGCGGUCCGUGGUCGCCCAGCUGCUCCGAGCCUUCAGCAGUGUGUUGACGGCGGGCCCCGGGCUAGAGGAAGGUCAGGCGCUGCUCAGCAUCCUCCGCUCCAAUAAGAUCGUUGACAUGGACUCCAGACUGACCGCCACAGACCUUCUGGAUUGUUUCUCACGAGAAGACUACAGGGAGAAGCUGAUGACCGGAGGGAACCAGCUGACGGGCCUCAAAGAGGUUCUGGACCGUUGUAUCGGGACCACAGCAGCACCGCCCUGACUGGAUCAGAACCUGGGAGCCCAAUAAACUGAUAGACUUGAA